AUGGAAGAAACAAACAAGUCCAUAGUGUCCGAGUUUAUUUUUCAAGGACUUUGUAAUUCAAGAGAAUUUGAGAUGUUCCUCUUGCUGCCAUUUUCAACACUCUAUCUAGUGACUGUUGUGGGCAAUCUAUUUGUUGUGUUAUUAAUCAUCACUGACCACCGUCUCCAUUCCCCCAUGUACUUCCUCUUAGCCAAUCUCUCAUUUGUUGACUUCUGCCUUUCUUCAGUAACCACUCCCAAACUGACCACAGACUUCCUAAAGCCUAAUAAGACCAUUUCCUUUAGGGGUUGCAUGAGCCAGAUCCUCUGUGUGCACUUCUUUGGAGGGGGUGAGAUGGUACUGCUUGUGACAAUGGCAUAUGACCGAUACGUGGCCAUCUGUAAGCCCCUGCAUUACUCCAGCAUCAUGGACAGACAAAAAUGCAUCUGGCUAGUUUCAAUAUCGUGGAUCAUUGGCUUUGUGCAUGCCAUGAGUCAACUGGCUAUGAUUUUGGAGCUGCCCUUCUGUGGACCCAGAGUAGUGGACAGCUUUUUCUGUGACAUCCCUUUGGUGAUCAAACUAGCUUGCAUGGAUACCCAUACUCUGAGUACACUGAUAAAUGCUGACAGUGGAUUCUUGGCAACAACUUGCUUCAUUGUCUUGCUGAUCUCCUAUACCUAUAUCCUGUUAACUGUCCGUCUUCACUCUAAAGAUGGGGCAUCAAAAGCACUCUCUACCUGCACUUCUCACAUCACAGUGGUGGUGCUCUUCUUUGGACCCUGCAUCUUCAUCUAUCUGUGGCCCCUCAGCAUCACCUGGGUGGACAAGUUUCUUGCUGUGUUUUAUACAGUAAUCACACCUCUCCUGAAUCCAGCCAUUUACACACUGAGAAACAAAGAAAUUAAAAGUGCCAUACAGAGACUGAUACAUCAAUCAGCACAUGAAUUCAGGGGAUAA